CAACCUGCCUCUGCUUUGUGUGAUAAUAAGUAACAGGACAAAGCUCAUUUAAUGGACUGUACGAGAACAGGGGCAGUCAUGAGGACGUCGCUCCACAUCGCACUUUAUUCUCUUCUCUGGCACACCGCUGUCUACUGCACAUGCUCAGAUGUAACAGUCCUUGCAGAAAGAUGGAAAAACAGUCUGGACCUUCUUCAAGGAUGUCCAGGCAUUGACGGUGAACCAGGACCAGAUGGGGAGCCAGGAGGUCCUGGAUUAGCAGGAGAUCCCGGGAGUCAAGGAGUAAAUGGCACAGAUGGUGAGCAAGGAGACCGUGGUGAGGUUGGAAGUCCUGGAAAAGCAGGGUUACCCGGUAUAACAGGACAAGUAGGAGAAGAAGGGCCACAGGGGCCCAAAGGAGAAAGAGGCGACCUCGCAGAAGCUCCCAGGAACUGUAGGGACCUACAAGAUCUAGGACUGACCCUUACUGGAUGGUAUUACAUAUAUCCAGACGGAAAACCUUUGAGAGUCAUGUGUGACAUGGAAAGCGAUGGUGGUGGAUGGACAGUUUUCCAGAGGCGCUGGGACGGCUCUGUGGAUUUUACCCGUAACUGGGACGCCUACAAGACAGGAUUUGGGAAUCAGUGGAGUGAAUUUUGGCUGGGGAAUGAAAAUAUCCAUUUACUGACAUCCACAGGUAACUUCGAGCUCCGAAUCGACUUAGAAGACUUUAAUAAAAGCCGUGUCUAUGCCACCUACAGCAAAUUCCGACUAGGAGGAGAAUCUGAGAAAUAUCGAUUACAUCUUGGAGAUUUCACAGAAGGUACUGCAGGGGAUUCUCUGAGUUUACACCGAAACCAGAAGUUUUCCACCAUCGACAGUGAUAAUGAUUCCAGUAGACGGGUCAAUUGUGCUGAUUUUUAUUCAGCCGCCUGGUGGCACACGGCUUGCUACGAUUCCUCCUUGAAUGGGAAGUACCUGCGAGGAGAACACACUGAGAUGGGAGGCAUCGUCUGGACGACCUUCAAGAACAUUCAGUACUCCCUCAAGUUCUCAGAAAUGAAGUUCCGUCAAGUUAUCAGUGAAUUGUGAUGACUCAAACCUUAUGAGACACCACAAGGUUUCACAUGGAAGCAUUUUAGUGUCCACAUUAUGACCUCUCCUCAUUCUACUGGACCGGACUCAGAUUAUUAUGGCACACCAUGGAGAAUUACACGUGGACUUGCACAUCCGUGGCAGGUCCAGCCGUGAGAAGGAUUCUAAACCGUCUGUCCUGUCUGUAACUGGCCAGGAUUUUAGGCUUGUACAGGACUGACCCUUCUAUACUCUGUAUUGGGUAUUAAACCCCUAUUUUACAAUUACAUUUUGCAUGCUGCCUGUCACAGAAAAUCUCCUAGAAAGUUAUUGUUAUUCCUGUCCAGUGUGAUAAAAAGUUUAAAUAAAUAUCCAUAAGAUCCAAGA